AUGAAUAUUUAUGCUCCGAAUGAGCCGUUAAGUAGGAGAGCGUUGUGGUCGGAGAUUUUGGAUGUUAAGAAUUCAUUACAAGGAUUAUGGGUUUUGAUGGGUGAUUUCAACGAGGUUAGGGAUGCUAGUGAGCGUCUGAAUUCUGAAUUUGUAGAAGCUAAUGCGGAUGCAUUUAAUCACUUUAUUCUCUCAGCCGGUUUGGUGGAGUAUAAUAUGGGUGGGGGCAAUUACACAUAUAUCUCCGAUAAUGGGAAAAAGUUAAGUAAACUAGACCGGUUCCUUGUAUGUUUGGGCUUCAAGGAGCAAUGGCCAAAUGCAACAGUGCUUGCAUUGGAUAGGGUAGCGUCGGAUCACCGCCCUAUUAUUCUUUCUACCGUCCAAUCAGAUUUUGGGCAUAUUCCAUUUAGAUUUUUCAAUUCGUGGUUUGAGCUGCCUGGAUUCCUUGAUUUUGUGCUUCAAAGGUGCGGUGCUUUCUCUUUUUCGGGUUCGGAAGAUCUUGCCCUAGCUAUAAAGUUGAGGUGGUUAAAAUAUAAGAUUAAAGCGCGGUUGAAAGUGGAAAAAGAAAAUACAGAAGGUCUGUAUGAUACAAAAAAAAGGAGGUUGGCUACAAUUGAAAACCUAGCGGAAUAA